GGAAAAAUCUUACCGUUUAUAGUAGUGAUAGCUUUUAGUCCCGCCUUCCCGAUUUGGAAUGCACUUCUCCCUCCUUACCCCCUACCCCUCUUCUCUUGGGCUUCAUCCUGUGUUUCAGCUUUUCUUUCUUGUCUUCGGUAAAGGUGGUGGUGGUGGUGGCGGUGGCAGUGGCAGUCACGGUGGAGAAAAGGAGGAGAAGAAUAAAAAUAACAGCAAAAGAUGGGUAGAGGGAAGAUCGAGAUUAAGAGAAUAGAGAAUUCAACGAACCGGCAAGUCACCUAUUCGAAGCGAAGAGGAGGUAUCGUCAAGAAAGCUCGAGAGCUCACCGUUCUCUGCGAUGCCGAGGUUUCUCUCAUCAUGUUCUCCAGCACUGGAAAAUUCUCUGAAUACAUCAGCCAUACCACAACAACAAAGAAGAUAUUCGAUCGGUAUCAGCAGGUGUCGGGAAUAAAUCUAUGGAGCUCGCAUUACGAGAGAAUGCAAGAGCAUUUAAACAAGCAGAAGGAGAUUAAUAAUAAUCUCCAAAGAGAGAUUAGGCGGAGGAUGGGUGGAGAUCUGGACGAUAUGAGCAUCGAAGAACUGCGCGGUCUUGAGCAAAAUUUGGAGAACUCAUUGAAGGUUGUUCGUGAGCGAAAGUAUCACGUGAUCUCAACACAGACUGACACUUACAAGAAAAAGAUAAGGAACUUGCAAGAAGCACAUACAAAUCUACUGCGUCAAUUUGAAGAGCGAGAUGAGGAUCCACACUAUGGGCUAGUCGACAACGAUGCAGACUAUGAAUCAUCUCUUGGAUUGUCAAACGCGGGUUCCCACUUAUUUUCUUUCCGUCUGCAACCCAACCAUCCUAAUCUUCAGGUUGGAGGAUUAUAUGGCUCCCACGAUCUACGCCUUGCUUGAAUAGCAGUAAAGGUCAUAUAACCUUCCCAGACAUUUUAUAAAUCAAUAUAUAUGUGUUGUUUCGGUGAUACCUAAUUGAAAUAUUAUUAUCUAAGAUUGUAAUAUGUACUCAGAAUUGCUUAUUUAUAAUAUCUGAAAUUUAAUCAUCA